CGUGAUUUGGUAAAUUACAAUUACAACAACGUUAAACAUGGCGCUCGCAGAAAUUUGUGGUCUUAAUUCUUAUGUUAAUUUGAAUAAAGCAAAUGAAAAUGAUAGUGUCGAAUGUGAAUUUAAUAUUGGAAAUUUUUCCAAUAAUUUACAACUUUCUCUACCUCCUUUUGCCAAUCCUGUAGAGAAACUUGCACAAUUUAAUGACAAUUCAAACACUAUUGGAAAGGGUAUUAAAAUUAAAUUCGAACAUGGAACUACAACCCUUGGAUUUAUUUAUAAAAAUGGCAUUAUUCUUGCUGUUGACUCACGAGCCACUGGUGGCAAUUAUAUUGGUUCGCAGAAAAUGAAGAAAGUUGUUGAAAUCAAUGAUUAUCUACUGGGAACAAUAGCCGGAGGUGCAGCAGAUUGUGUUUAUUGGGAUCGUGUUUUAACGAAACAAUGUCGCUUAUAUGAAUUGAGAAACAGAGAACGCAUUUCUAUUGCCGCCGCCAGUAAACUUAUGUCAAAUAUGGUUUAUAAUUACAAAGGAAUGGGUCUGAGUAUUGGAAUGAUGAUCGCUGGUUGGGAUAAACGUGGACCAUCACUUUACUACGUUGACUCCGAAGGAACAAGAACACCAGGAAAAGUAUUCAGUGUCGGUUCCGGUUCAUUGUUCGCUUAUGGUGUUUUAGAUUCACUUUAUGACUUUAAUAUGGAUGAUAAAGCAGCAUAUGAACUUGGAAGGCGUUCAAUUUAUCAUGCAACUCACAGAGACGCAGCUUCUGGUGGAAUUGUCAGAGUUUAUCACAUGAAACCAACUGGAUGGAUUCAUAUCUCUGACGAAGACUGUAAGGAUCUACAUUAUAUGUACGCUGAUGAGAAAUUGCAAGCUCAGGGUCCAUCAUAAAUUAAUUCUUAUCAUAUUUUAAUCUGUCACAAGUGAUAAGGUGGAUUUUUCUUUAAUAAAACUAUUUCUAAUUUGAUUCAAAUAAA